AAGAUGGCGGCGGAGCUGCAUCCGCGUAGCGGAAAGCUGAUCGGCCUAUCAAACUCGAACCGAACCGCUCAGCGUAACCAACCAGUCCAGGAAUUCAACCAUGGUCUGGUUUUGAGCAGGGAGCCGCUCAGAGACCGGGACGUCUUCACCGUUCGCAUCGACAAGAAGGUGAACUCGUGGAGCGGUUCUAUUGAGAUCGGCGUGACGGCUCUAGACCCAGCAGCGCUGGACUUCCCCAGUAGUGCCACGGGCCUCAAGGGUGGCUCCUGGAUCGUGUCGGGCUGCUCGGUGCUACGCGACGGCCGCUCGGUGCUGGAGGAGUACGGCCGCGACCUGGACCAGCUGGCUGAGGGUGACCGCGUGGGCAUCCAGCGCAGCCCCCGCGGUGAGCUCCACCUCUGGGUGAACGGGCAGGACUGCGGUGCAGCCGCCAGUGGCCUGCCGCCCCGGCUGUGGGCUGUGGUAGACCUCUAUGGCAAGUGCACCCAGGUGACGGUGGUGAGCUGCGAGCCGCCCCUGCCGUCCGCCGAAAGGGAGGCCACAGUCAGGGAUGUGGAGAGGGAGGAUGAGGAGGAUGAAGAAGAGGAAGAGGAGGUGGUAGUGCAUGGGGGCCGGGAGGACACUGGCAUCACGGCACUGGUGAAUGUGGCGACAAUGAAUGGAACGGUGAACGGCGAGGAAGUACCUGAGCUCAGCUGCAUGCACAGCAGACCAGACAAGUUUCCCAACAACUUGGAGCCUGAAACGGUUCUUACAGAGCACCAGCUUUUUGACGUGUUCAACAACGCCAUUGUGUCACUCUACCGCUCUGAGGAUCAGGGCGGUGGGGGCGAUGUUGGGGGAGGUGGGGGCAGUAGAGAAGGGGGAGCCACAGGGACAGACUCAUCUUCUAGAAGCGAUCGAGGGAGUAGCAACGGGGGAGGCACAGUGAACAGCGACAGCGGGGUAGGGUCAGCCGGAGGAGGGGCUCCCGGAGGGAACGCCAAUCACAGCCCCGCUGGCAACGGAGGGGUGGGACCAGGGAUGAUGACAGGCGGCAUGACAACCAAUGAUGCGCUGCUGUUCCACGAGAAGUGUGGUACACUGAUCAAGCUGAGCAACAACAACAAGACCGCAGAGCGCAGGAGGCCAUUGGACGAGUUUAACAACGGCGUGGUUAUGACCAACCGGCCGCUGCGGCACAAUGAGAUGUUUGAGAUACGCAUCGAUAAGCUGGUGGACAAGUGGUCAGGCUCCAUAGAGAUUGGUGUGACAACACACAACCCAAAUAACCUGGACUAUCCAGCUACCAUGACCAAUCUGCGCUCAGGUACAAUCAUGAUGAGUGGCUGUGGCAUCCUGACCAACGGCAAAGGGACCCGCAGAGAAUACUGUGAAUUCAGCCUGGAUGAGCUGCAGGAGGGAGAUCACAUCGGGUUGAUGCGCAAGGCCAGCGGAGCGCUCCACUUCUACAUCAACGGCAUCGACCAAGGUGUGGCAGCAGCCCAGACGCCUGGCGUGGUCUACGGAGUGGUUGACCUCUACGGCAUGGCUGUCAAGGUCACCAUUGUCCACAACCACAACCACAGUGACCGCCUCAGACGGAACAAUGCCAUCAUGAGGGCCUUGUCACCUGACGUGGGCCGGCCCCGGCCAACGCUCUCCCUCACCCCAGACCCCGAGGGGCCUGACCGCCUGCUCUUCCACCCCAACUGCGGCCAAAAGGCGGCCAUCAUCAGCGACGGCAGGACGGCUCUGAGGCCACAUGCGACGGAUGACUUCAACCACGGGGUGGUGCUUAGCAGCCGGCCGCUACGCUCCAACGAGGUUUUCCAGGUGAGAAUAGACAAGAUGGUGGACAAGUGGGCAGGAUCCAUCGAGAUUGGUGUGACGACACACAACCCCGCCUACCUGCAGCUGCCCUCGACCAUGACCAACUUGCGCUCAGGAACAUGGAUGAUGACUGGGAACGGUGUGAUGCACAACGGAACGACGAUUCUGGAUGAAUACGGGCACAAUCUGGACAGACUUAAAGCGGGUGACACGGUAGGCGUUGUGCGAAAAGAGGACGGUAGCCUCCAUUUCUUUGUCAACGGCGUGGCCCAGGGCCCGGCGGCCUGGAACGUCCCCUCCAGCGUCUACGCUGUGGUGGACCUCUACGGCCAGGCCGCUCAGGCCACCAUCAUGGAUGACAUGGCGGACCUCCCCCCUCUCCCUGAGGACAGUUCAGAGGGCCCUGUGGCCAUGUCCCCCGGGAGCCCCUGCUCUGUUACUGGAGCCAACACGGCAAACGACCUGCGUUUCCACCAGCUGCACGGCACCAACGCUGUCAUCACCAAUGGUGGGCGCACCGCCCUGCGCCAAAACUGCCGCAGCGAGUUCAACGAUGCCAUCGUCAUUUCCAACAGGUGCCUUCGAGAUGGAGAGCUGUUUGAAAUAGUCAUUCAGAAGAUGGUGGACCGCUGGUCGGGCUCAAUAGAAGCAGGAGUGACGGCCAUCCGGCCAGAGGAGCUGGAGUUCCCCAACACCAUGACUGAUAUCGACUAUGACACCUGGAUGCUCAGCGGUACCGCCAUCAUGCAGGACGGCAACACCAUGCGCAACAACUAUGGCUGCGACCUGGACUCCCUGACCACCGGCUCGCGGAUCGGCAUGAUGCGUUCGGCCAGCGGGGACCUUCACUAUUACAUCAACGGAGUGGACCAGGGGGUGGCCUGCACUGGUCUGCCACCAGGUAAAGAGGUGUUCGCGGUGAUCGACCUUUACGGUCAAUGUGUCCAGGUUUCCAUCACCAGCUCCUCAGGCCCACUGGACAACAGCUUCUGUACCAGCAACAUCACCGAGAAGAGCUUCCCCAUACACUCACCGGUAGCCGGAGUGGCCCAUCGCUUCCACAGUAAGCAUGGGAAGAACGUGGUGUUGCUGGGUGAAGGGUGCCAGGCUGUCCGGGUGGGAGGCUACGCCCAUGGCAUCGUCUUUAGUGGCAAGGAGCUUAAAACAGAUGAACUGUUCGAGGUGAAGAUUGACGAGGUGGACGAACAGUGGAGUGGCUCUCUCCAUGUGGGAUUGACCACAUUGGCCCCCCAGGAGUUGCCCUCCUGCCCACUGUCGGGCCUGUCUCCCUCCCUCCCCCAGCUCCGCGCCAAGGUCACCUGGCUGCUCUGCGGCUCUGAGGUGCGACGCAACAGCCUCCUGCAGCGCCAGAACUACGGCUGCUCACUGGACCGGCUGACGGUGGGGAACCGUGUGGGUGUGAAGAGGUGCAGUGACGACACCAUGCACAUUCUGAUCGACGGAGAGGACUUGGGCCCUGCCGCCACCGCAGUCGCCAAGAAUGUGUAUGCGGUGCUGGACCUGUAUGGGCGUGUCACAGCCAUGUCCAUCGUCAGUUCCUCUGUGAUGGAGGACAUGGAGAGCAUCAAGGCCCCCUCCCUGUCCUCAGAAAGCUGCAGUGAAGGAGAGGAGGACAGCACCCCAGUCAGAGAGGUGGAGAGUGAGCCAUGUGCGCUGGUUCCAACAGUCAUGGCCUUCCUGGAGAACCACGGCAAGAACAUUCAGCUGUCCAACCAGAACCUGACAGCGGCCCGGGUGUCCAGCUACAACCAGGGCCUGCUGGUCACCGCACAGCCGCUGCCCCGCCAGCAGCUCUUCCAGUUUCAGAUUGACCGUCUGAACCCAUCGUGGACGUCCUCGCUGUCGCUGGGGGUGAUUGGCCAUUCCCCUGACCGGCUCAACUUCCCCUCCACGGCAUGCUGUCUGAAACGCUCGGCGUGGCUGCUGCAGAGAGACUCCGUCUUCCACAACUCCCUCAAGAUCUGUGAGAAUUAUGGUCCAAACUUGGACACCUGUCCAGAGGGGACGGUUUUGGGACUGUUGGUUGACGCCAACAACUGUCUCCACCUCUAUGUCAAUGGGAUGGACCAGGGAGUGGCAGCACAGGACAUCCCCUCGCCCUGCUACCCUCUCCUAGACCUCUACGGCCAAUGUGAACAGGUUACCAUAGUGACAAACAACGUGCCGGCGGUGGGUGGGGAAAAUGGUGAGGCCCGUUGUCAGGGUGACAUGGAGAAGGCGGACAUGGUUGACGGGAUUAAAGAGAGCGUGUGCUGGACGCCGCCUCCGGAGGUCAACCCCAACAAGACUUGUGAGUACCAGGCGCUCUGCUCACGCUUCAAGGACCUGCUGACGCUACCAGAUGGUUAUUUCAACGAGGAUGCCAAGUACAACCUGUGCUACUGUGAGUCCUGUCACAAGCUGCGGGGGGACGAGGCUUACUACAAGAGAGGAGAGCCGCCCCGUGACUAUGCCCUGCCCUUCGGAUGGUGCCGCUUUGCCCUGAGGAUCAAAUCGCACUGUGAGGUGUCCAAUGCGUUAAAGAAGUGGCACAUAGCAUACCACGGCACCAGCGUGGGAGCCCUCCGACGCACCCUGGACCACAGCCAGCUGCUCCCCGGCACGUCGUCAAUCUUCUCUGUGUCUCCGGCGAAGACAGAAGGGCCGAACGGCUACAGUGAGCCAGAGGAGAACAGCGCCCCUGGCAGGGAAGUCCCCAGAGUGCAGCUCUCCCCCACCAUGCGCUACUCUGGUCUGGAGAUUUUUGCCCCCAAAGUGCAAUUUCAAGACCCCCGUUCUCACCGCCGCCACCAAGCCCAGGUGGGAUUCCAAGUGUGCGUGCGGCCCGGCUCCUACAAGGUGGGACCCCAGACGCUCAGCACCAGCGAGCCACUAGACCCUCGCUUCAGCAACGCCGAGAUCGAGUGGAUCACAAAAGAGCAGGGCGGCACCCUCCUCUAUGGACUGCUCAUUCGGGUGGAGUGAAAGGAGGGAACGAAAGACGAGAGGGACAAGGUGAAAGAGGCCUGGAGUCAGAACGAGAGGGUCCCGGGGACACAGCCAUCUGGCGCCCCCUGCACUCUUAUUGAAUUGAAAACCAAUUCUGACGCCCCCUGCCUUGAGCUAGAGGCUCCUCUGGACUUCAGUUGUUUCUGCUGAGGAUUGUUGACGAUUCAGCAUUACUGA